AUGAUUGACUGUUGUAAUAUGCAAGACUUGAAGUUUAAGGGGAACCCUUUUAGUUGGGUUGGUAAGAGGCAGAAGGAAACAAUCCAGUAUUGUCUGGACAGAGUUUUCAUCAAUUCCGAUUGGAAAGCGUCAUAUCCUGCUUCUGAAACAGAGUUCCUCACCAUUGCAGGAUCUGACCAUGCGCCUGUAGUUAUUGCUCUUGAAGAAGAGUUUUAUGUAAAAAGAGGCCAGUUCAGAUAUGAUAAGCGACAUGUUGAUUCAGAGGAAUUUGUCAGAACUGUUAAAAAAGGAUGGUCAGCAGGUCAACCUGAUACCUAUAGAGGAAUUCACGACAAACUUCAGUCUUGCAGAAAAGAGUUAGCCAAGUGGAAAAGAAGAUUAAAGACAAAUUCAGCAGAAAAAAUCCAGAUCUUAAAGCUUCAACUGGAUGCAGCGGAGAGAAGCAGCUCGACACCUUUAUCAGAAGUCGCAAACCUAAGGUAUGAGCUAACUAAGGCGUACAGCGAAGAAGAACAAUAUUAG